CCGUGCUCUCUUGCUCCAGUCAUGGCGGUCGCUUUCCGUUGGGUGCUUCAGCUGCACAAGGAUGUUCCGAGAGCCGCUCAGUUUUAUUCCGAGGGUUUGGGUUUCACCAUCGACGUUUGCACUCUCAGAUGGGCGGAGCUCAAAUCCGGUUCUCUCAAACUUGCUCUCAUGCAUGCCAAUAGUGAUGUUUCCAUGCAGAAAGGUUAUUCUUCAAUACUAUCUUUUACAGUGUCUGAUAUACAGAGCACUGUUACGAAGCUAAUGACAUUUGGAGCAGAGCUGGAUGGUCCAAUCAAAUAUGAAAUCCAUGGGAAGGUUGCAGCAGUGCGUUGCAUUGAUGGGCAUAUGUUGGGCCUUUAUGAGCCUGCUUGAUGGAGUUAUCAUAAAUUCAUUUGCACAGUGCAGUUUUUUUUAAGAAAAAUUUACAUACCACACAAAUCACAUGCAUUUACAUAUCCAACACUUUAGUUUGAUAUUUUAUAUUUAUAACACCUUGGCAUUAAAACCUUAUGCAUGAGAAUUUGUAUUUCACUUUUAAAAAGUUAAUGAUA